GAGAGAGCAGACUAAUUAAUCGGAACCAGAAGCGCGCCAAGACCACCAAAAACCUAAAUUCGCACGAUGCCAGAGCUGCCGGAGGUAGAGGCGGCGAGGAGAGCGAUAGAGGAUAACUGUCUCGGAAAGAAGAUCAACCGAGUCCUCAUCGCCGACGACAACAAAGUGAUCGAUGGAAUCUCGCCUUCCGAUUUCCAGAACUCAAUCCUCGGGAAAACCAUCGUCUCUGCUCGUAGGAAGGGCAAAAACCUCUGGCUCGAGUUGGAUUCUCCGCCGUUCCCUUCUUUCCAAUUCGGUAUGGCUGGUGCUAUCUACAUCAAAGGCGUUGCAGUUACUAAAUAUAAAAGGUCUGCUGUUAAGGAUUCAGAGGAGUGGCCAUCUAAGUACUCAAAGUUCUUUGUUGAGCUUGAUGAUGGUUUGGAGCUUUCAUUUACUGACAAGCGGAGAUUUGCCAAAGUUCGGCUUUUGGAAAAUCCGGUUUCUGUGCGUCCAAUAUCAGAGCUUGGUCCUGAUGCAUUGUUGGAGCCUAUUACAGUUGAUGAAUUUGCCAAAAGCUUAGCUAAGAAGAAGAUAACCAUCAAACCUCUCCUACUUGAUCAGGGUUUCAUUUCAGGUAUUGGGAACUGGAUUGCCGAUGAAGUGCUGUACCAAGCAAGAAUCCACCCAUUGCAGACUGCUUCUAGCCUCUCCAAAGAGCAAUGUGAAGCCUUGCACACAUCCAUCAAAGAGGUGAUAGAAAAAGCUGUGGAAGUUGAUGCAGAGAGUAGUCAGUUUCCUAGUAACUGGAUUUUUCAUGCUAGGGAAGAGAAGCCAGGAAAAGCUUUUGUUGAUGGGAAGAAGAUUGAUUUCAUCACUGCUGGUGGAAGGACAACAGCUUAUGUCCCAGAGCUGCAGAAACUCUCUGGGAAAGAUGCGGAGAAAGCAGCGAAGGCUAAACCGGCUAAAAGGGGUGCAAAAUCAAAAGAAGACGAUGAAGAAGAAGAAUUGGAGAAAGAAGAUGAUAGUGAUAAACAGAAGAAUCAAAAACCUAAAGGUCGUGGUAAGAAGCCUGCACUGAAAAGAAAAACAAAAGAUAGUGAGGAUGAGGACGAUGAUGCUGAUUGUGAAGAAGAUGAUAGUGACGCUGAAGAGGAAGUUGUGAAACCCAGAGGCCGUGGUACGAAGGCUGCGAUUAAGAAGAAACCUGAAGAGAAAGCUGGUAACAAGAAGCCGAAGGGAAGGAGAAGUUAAUAAGCCACUGACUCGAAGAUGUUUAUUUUUUUUCUGUAAGGAUCUUAUAUUACUUUGCUUCCAUGUUUGCGACGAUGUACAACUACUAGUACUAGUUAUAUUAGGUGCACUAA